CCGGAGCGGGGUGGCGGCCAACUAGGACUACAUCUGCCACCGCCAGUGUCAGUGCUACAGCUGCCCACAGCCUAUCCGACCCGACCGCCUCACUCACUCGCACCUGGCACUGCGCAACUCCCAUCUAUUGAUUCUCUAACAGCCGAGUGUGCUGUGCGCCCUCCACGCGAACAUGGAGCUACAACGAACGCUGAAAUUAUUGUGUAUUCCGCAUUUUUGAUAGUGAAAACUCGGUAAAAGUGUGCGUUAGAGUGCGUGUGCUCGUGUUAUCCGUGCGGUAGUGUGUGGCAGAAGCCGGAGCGCCGGCUCUUUAUGUGCGAUGAUGGAAAACAUCGUGGAAAUGCGGGAGGCUCGAUCGCUGGUCGAUUCGACUCAGGUGUCGACGCACGGCGCGCAGAACACGGCUCCGUCGGUGUCGCUCGGCCACGGCCACGAGCUCUCAGUCUCGGAGGUGAAGGAGGAGCACGAGCACGAGGACGAGGUCGACGCCAAACAGGAGUUGUCGGUGAUCGUCCAUCCUCACGACGACUCGCAUGACUCGGAACUGCUCAGCCCCGGCAAGAUCUCGCCCACAAGCAUGAUCGACGCCUCGGACUUUCGAGCUCUUCAGCCGGAGCCGACCUACCAGACCCUCACCUCAGUCAACGGCAGAAUGUCUCCUCCGGGCUUUAGUCCGAGCUCGUCGUAUGCGACCUUGACCCCCCUGCAACCACUACCCCCUAUAUCCACCAUGUCGGACAAGUUCGCGUACGGACACGCGGGUAACGUCUCCGGCUCCUUCACCGUCAUGCAGAAUAACGGCCUCAACAACAUAGGCCUAGGUAUGGGGGUGAACUCUCCGUACGGCAUGGGCAUGUCACCUCCUCACCACUACUCGCCCAACAACGUGUUGGGUAUGACCCACUCGGAACACUCGCCCCUAAGUCCUCACAGCUCCUACAGCCAGAACGGUCUCAACUCUCCGCAGAAGAGUAUUUCGCCCAACAGCUACGACUCGCCAUACAACCCCGUGGGCAGGAACCUGGGCGCCUCGCAGAGUCCGACCCUGAGUCCACCGUCCGGCAGUCUUCACUCGCCACCGAACACGAUAGUGACCAACUUCGGAAGUGUGGCUACAUCGCUGUCCGGCGGCCUGCCUACCAUCAACGGACUGACCACCAUCACUCCGCACACGGUGGUCGUAUCACCACAUCAUUCUCCGCCCUCGUUGGUCACCACUCAGAUACAGCGGGAAGCCGUGGUCGUGGCCACUCCUUCGCCGCCCAAGCUCACCUCCCAGCCAACGGCCACCCUGACCCUGAGGAACGUGUCACCCGUCAACAGCUGCGGCGGAAACAUCGGCUCCCAGGCGGGCGAGCUGGAGGAGAUAAACACCAAGGAACUCGCCCAGAGGAUAUCUGCCGAGCUGAAGCGCUACAGUAUUCCCCAGGCCAUAUUCGCUCAGCGAGUCCUCUGUCGAUCUCAAGGCACGCUCAGCGACCUGCUGCGCAACCCCAAGCCGUGGUCCAAGCUCAAGUCAGGCCGGGAGACGUUUAGGCGGAUGUGGAAGUGGCUUCAGGAACCGGAGUUCCAGAGGAUGUCUGCUCUUCGACUCGCAGGAGCCAAUAACGAAGCUGAUGAGACCUCAAAUGUUGCAAAAUGUUGUGUGAAGGAGAAAGCGGAAUCGAUGUAUGGUGAAGGGUACCCGAAGGACUUCAAGGGGUGCCAGCUGCCCUGCGCUGUCGCUGCACAGAUUCCCCAGCGAGGCAUUUUGUGUCCUGUUUCAGCAUGCAAGAGGAAAGAGGAGCCCCAGAUACACCCAGAACACACGCCCGCUCCCAAGAAACCUCGUUUGGUUUUCACAGACCUACAGCGCCGUACGCUACAGGCUAUUUUUAAGGAAACCAAACGACCAUCUAAAGAAAUGCAGGUGACGAUCGCGCGGCAGUUGGGGUUAGAACCGACCACAGUGGGUAAUUUCUUCAUGAACGCGAGACGACGAUCAAUGGACAAAUGGAAAGAUGAAGACCCAGCUAAAUCUACAAGCAGUUCACAUCACCAACAGGCCUCCCCGCAAGCGUCCAACAGCCUACAACUGCAAUCAGACGUGUUGUGACACCAUGCGAGCUACCCCCUACAACACCUGGUGUUUCUGUGAAUAUGGACGUGUCGUGCGCACGCAACACAGGGGGUCUUAGGUCUCACUUCAGUGCGGUUGCAGUGUCCCGAGGCGAUGCUUAAGAUAAGAAUAUAUUUUCAAAUAGUUUCUGGCAUAUAGACCUUUUUGGUACUAAAAUAUUUUUUGAUAUUUGCGAUACGUCUGUCAUGCCUGUUAGUGGGUGUAUAAGUACAUAAAUGAAGUACACGGUAGACAGUAAAGGCAGUGUUUGUAGCAGCACUGGUCUCGACAAUAUUGUUAUGACUAGGUAGGAGUCACCUUUAGCUUGAAGCCAUCACUUUCUGUUUGCAUUCACCUUUAUUUUCUGUGCACUUAAAAACGUACAUUUAUGACCAUUUGCGUAUUGAAAUUUAAUAAAAGUGUAUGAAUUGUCCUUAUAAUUUAUCCCCUUGUAAUGAGCAGCGAAAGCUGUCAAGUAACAGUUCUACAGUUAAGGAGCAAAUUUUAAUUUUUUGUAUUGUAGUCAUAAUCUUAGAUUUCAAAAGAUCUUUGAAGUAUUACAUUAAAGUUAAUGGAGUCAAACAAAAACAAAGAAAACUAAUUAUAUGUAAUUGCUAGUCCAAGUACCACUAACUAUCCCCUGGAUUAUUUAAUAAUUUGUUAGAGCCAAAAAGAUGCACAAUUUCAGGAAUGCCUUUUAAUAUCUGGUAUAUUGUUAUAAUUCCAUAAAAUUAUUAUAAAUUUAUUUUUAAGGAUUCCUAUGUAGAAGUUUUUUUUAAUCAUGCAUAUAAACUGUUAAAUACAUUAUUGUAAUUUUUUAGGAAGCGAUAUUUUGUGCUCCUAUAUUGUUAUGCUUGCCAGCCUUUAAUUUAUUUUGGCUAAAUGAAAACAAAGUGUAGAUAUUUAUUGUGACUUAUUUAUUGUGUAGAUGACAAAGUAACUACUGUUACUGUUACCAAUAAUUCAGUUUUAUUUAUUUAUAAUUGAUUCAGUCUGUGACUGAGACUUUCGGUGAUACAUGUAGAGUGUAAAUAUGUUUGUGAUCUUAUUGAUUAGUCUGAGACUUAUCAGAUUAGAAUAUUAUUGAAUUAUUUAUUUAUUAACUUUGUUUGGAUGAGACCUGAGGCAGAUAUGAGAGGUAGGUAGACUACUGGAUAGUUUACUGGUCUUCUUUUAUAUAACCAAAACUAAUUAUAGAUUGUAUCUCAGAGAUAAACAUGAAACAAAAAGUAGUAAACGGAAUAAUGCUAUUCAUUAUUAAAUUAUUUUUAGUUUCAAUAUUGCAGUCUUAUAUCAUUAAAUCAAUACAUAAUGUUAUAAAUCAAUUGGUACACUUUAUAUCAGUCAUAGAUUGAUUUAAAACCUCAGUACAUUUACAUAGAAAGAUCAUUUCUCCCCCUAACGAUAAAUUUUAAUUUUAUAUAACACAUUGAACAAACAUUGUAAGUAUUAGUUUAUACUAAACAGAUGUAAGAGACCUAAAUUGAGUAACCCAUAAUCAAAACUUGCCUUGUUCACUUUUUGUAAAACUAAUAAUGUUUACGAAACAGUAUUGCUAAAAGUCCUUGUUGCUACCAGGGUAUUUAAAGGAAUGAUUUCAAAGUAAUUUAAGUUAACAAUGUUUUAUUUAAAGUACAUUUGAGUUUUUAAUAUGAAUAAGGCUGGUUUUGACUAAGGUGAUGAAGAAGAAUAUUUCUGACUAAUUAUAAUGUAAAAGUCUAGUUUUUUUAAUGGUGAUGGAAAAGGCUAGCUUUUUAUAAUCAUGAUGUAUAAGGCUAGUUUUGAAUUAUUUUAAGGAUGAGGCUAUGUUUCUAAAGUUAUAUUCAACAAGUAUUUUUUUUGUAUUUUGAAAAAAACUAUAGUAAAUUGUUUACGUGAUUUUGAUUAUUGUGAAUCAAAGAGGUUUUCUUGUACUUUUGUU